AUGGCUCAACCUUGCACCUCCGAUGGCUAUUGGACUAUCUUGGAAACCGUACCGUAUUCGUUGCAGAACACCGCCACCAAUGCGACCGGCACCAUUUCCAGUGUGGCGAACACACAAUUGCCGGUGCAUCAUCACCAAGCGCUGCACCACCACCACCAACAGCAGGACGAGGGCAACUCCAGCGAGACCAAUCUCUUGGCCGGUGCCACAGUCGUGGUCGAAAUACCAACGGAGACGAUGCGAAAUGCCAUCAAGUACACCAUACCCGAGGCGGAACAUCAGCUGCUACACACAGCGGAGAGCACGCUAGCCACCACCACCACAGGUACUAAGCAGCGCAUACACAUCGUCAAGGAUAUGCGUUUGAAUCCCACCGUUACGGUGGCACAGCAGACCAACAUUACAGCAACACACGUGGAACAACAGUCCGGCCGUCAGCAGCAGAGCACACAACAACAACAACAACAACAUUUCACAUUGAAUGAUUGCCUCAGCACGGGUGUGGUGGUGCAGCAGCGCCAGCAGACGACGCAACAGCAGCAAACGGAAUUCAUUAAAAUCGACACGAUCCAGGAAAAGAUGAUGUUGCGCAAUGUUAUACAGUACGAAGCGGUGGAUGGUUUGCCCGCAGACACGUCGCAGGUCAUCAGCGCAUUGGUGGAGAGUGAGAAGAAUCAACAACAACAGCAGCAACAGCAACAGGAAGUAUUGCGCAACACGCGUGAACUUGAGCUGCUGGACAAGGCCACCAUUGAGGCCGUUAGCGACACGGUGCUCAACGCCUUCGAGCAGCAGGAGGCGGCGGAACACAUCGAGGAGCAUAAGUCGCAAAAUCAUCAUGAGGCGCAAGACAAACAGCUGUUGCCGCUCAUGCGAUGCCCCACUAAGAUACUGACACCCGCCGCCAAUGAAGCUGGUCUUCAACUGCAGUAUGUGUGCAAUCUGUGCGGCAAAUCGUACAAAAUAAAGGGCUCCUUGAAGCGUCACAAGCGCUACGAAUGCGGCGUGGCACCAACGGUUGCGUGUCAAUUCUGUCCACACAAAUGCAAAUACAAAUCGGAUUUGCGUAAACAUAUAUCGCAGAAGCAUGCGGGGCAAGGUGGUGAAGAGCUGUUAUUGGAGCAACGUUUAAGCAGCGAAUAA